AUGUCCGCCUACUGCCUGGGCUUGGCCAGCAGCGUUUCAGCACCCGCCGAGGCGGACAGCGCCUCCUGCAUGGAGCUGCCAGGGCCCGGCGGGGACGCAGCCCGGAGCCCAGCCUCAGCUGCCGCUGCCGCCGCUUUAGUGUCCUUCCCGGGUGGCCCGGGGGAACUGGAACUGGCGCUCGAGGAGGAGCUGGUGCUGCUGGCGGCUGGGGAGCGGCCGCCGGACCCGGGAGAGUUUUCCCAGGCCGAGCCGGGGCUUCUCGACGCCGCCGAGGCCCCGGGCCCCGGGCAGUUGCUGCAGCCGGCCUCGCCCCCGCAGGAACCCGAGCUGCUGUCGGUGAUCCGGCAGAAGGAAAAGGACCUGGUGCUGGCUGCCCGGCUGGGCAAGGCGCUGCUGGAGAGGAACCAGGACAUGAGCCGGCAGUACGAGCAGAUGCAUAAGGAGCUGACGGACAAGCUGGAGCACCUGGAGCAAGAGAAACAUGAGUUAAGAAGACGAUUUGAGAACCGAGAAGGCGAGUGGGAAGGCAGAGUAUCAGAACUGGAGAGCGACGUGAGACAGCUACAGGUCGAACUGGAGAAGCAACAGGUUCACCUCCGAGAAGCCGACAGAGAGAAGACCAGGGCAGUCCAGGAACUCUCCGAACAGAACCAAAGACUCUUGGAUCAGCUCAGCAGGGCAUCAGAAGUGGAACGCCAGCUCUCCAUGCAAGUCCACGCCCUCCGAGAAGACUUCCGAGAGAAAAAUUCCUCAUCCAACCAACACAUCAUCCGACUGGAGAGUCUCCAGGCUGAAAUCAAGAUGCUGUCAGAUCGGAAGCGAGAGCUGGAACAUCGCCUCAGCGCCACCAUGGAGGAGAAUGACCUACUCCAGGGGACGGUGGAAGAGCUCCAGGACCGGGUCCUAAUACUGGAGAGGCAGAGCCAUGACAAGGACCUCCAGCUUCACCAGAGUCAGCUGGAACUCCAGGAUGUCCGGCUCUCCUACCGGCAGCUCCAAGUGAAGGUGGAAGAGCUCAAUGAUGAACGGAGUCUGCAGAGUUUUAACGCCACUAACACGUCACUCCUGUCUGAAAUCGAGCAAAGCAUGGAGGCUGAGGAGCUGGAGCAAGAGAGAGAACAGCUGAGGCUGCAGCUUUGGGAAGCUUAUUGCCAGGUUCGAUAUCUCUGCUCCCACCUCCGGGGAAAUGACAGCACCGACUCAGCCGUCUCCACAGACUCCUCGAUGGACGAGUCGUCAGAAACCUCGUCAGCCAAGGAUGUGCCAGCCGGCAGCUUACGCACGGCUCUCAGUGAGCUCAAGAGGCUUAUUCAGAGCAUAGUGGAUGGAAUGGAGCCCACGAGCUCCCGGAGAAUUGAUGAUGAUGCCUUAGAAGAGCAAAUAAGACAAACCAAUGAGGACUCGAGAGCGCUAAGGGAACUGAUGGAAGGAGAAAGAGGGAAACUGAGGCAGAGCCUAGAAGAAUUACAACGACUUCACAGCCAGGUGACGAUGCUGAGCGUGGAGAUGACAGCACUCAAGGAAGAGAGGGAUCGUCUUCGAGUGACGUCCGAGGAGAAAGAAGCCAAGGAGCAGCUUCUCAAAGCCAUCAGGGACCGAGAUGAGGCCAUUGCAAAGAAGAACGCAGUGGAGAUGGAAUUGGCCAAGUGUAAGAUGGACAUGAUGUCCCUGAACAACCAGCUCCUGGAUGCCAUUCAGCAGAAACUGAACCUCUCCCAACAACUUGAGGCCUGGCAGGAUGAUAUGCACAGGGUCAUUGACCAGCAGCUGAUGGAUAAACACCAGAAGGAGCGGAGCCGGCCUGCUUCAUCCUUCUCCAGUGGCCACGGAACAGGGCGGGGGGACGAGCCCAGCGGGGCUGAAGGCAAAGGACUCUUCUCAUUUUUCAGGAAAAUUUAAAUUGGAAGAAAGCAUGGGCAGGCAAGCAGAGCCUAAGGGAGGGGGCAGGCAGCUGGGCAUGGCCACACAACACUACUACUCAGCCCAGCAACCCAGCUUGGGCAGUCCUGGGGGGCGGUAGGGGUCCCACUGUCUGCCAACUUGCCCACCCCACAGAGAGCCAGACUCUUUUUCCCCUCUGAGA